AUGCAGCGUCCCGACUCCGAAGAGGAGCGCGUUUAUUUCGAGAAGACCGUUGCUUUUCUCAGGUCUGUGCCCCUUUUCAAGCGGCAGUUGCCUAGCUGCGAGCUUCCGAAGCUCGCAAGAGACCUGAAGCGCAAAACGUGGAGGCCAGGUGAGAAGAUCGUGAACCAGGGCGAGGUCGGAAGGGCCUUCUACCUCAUCGAGUCGGGAGUCGCCAGUGUGAUUGUGGCAGACUGCGACGGCCAGGAGAAGGUGAGGGCAACGCUGAUUGCGGGCGAUUACUUCGGAGGCCACACUCUUGUAGCCGAGAGAUCGAACGUCGGUACUGUAGUUGCUCAGGGUCCAGAGCAGCUGGUCACACUGUCCAUGUCACGCCGGGUUUUUGAAGAGUCUGGCUUGAAGGACAAGCUGUGCUUCCCGAAGAGACCAGCUCUUUACUUCGACCGUGGACAGUCCAGGGACAGUUCUUUUGACAGCCUGGCAACCUGUGUCGUGGAGCCACACGAGCAGGCGUUUGUACUGGAAGCCUUGAAGCAGAACGUCAAUUUGCGUGCCUUGCACAAUGUUGAUAACGAGGUCAUGCAAAGCAUUGCUCGCGGCGCCGUGCGCCGAUUUGUUCCCAAGGGCACGGUUGUGGCUCAAAGUGGUUCUCUCGGAAAGGAGUUCUUCAUCAUCAAGAAAGGAAGGUUCCAUGCGGUGGCUGAAACAGACGCCUAUGACGGCCAGAAGUCGGCAGAGGCCACCGUAGCCCAGCUGACGAUGUCGGAGCGUCUGAAGCGAAAGCAGACGUUUCUCAAGAGCUUGUGCCGACACAAAGGCUCCAACCAGUUCAGCCACUCGCAAUCUGUGCGGCUGCCUGCUCCAAAGGGGCCAAAGGCUAUGGCUGACUGGGCUGAUGACCUGAGCAUGACUUGUAACAUGACGCCUGUCCACCUGCGCGGCUGCCCCUCUGGUGCUUCCACGAUGACAUUGUCGUCACCUUGCAGUGACACCGGCAGGACACCUCUGAGUACAGUGGCCUCGCAGCGGGAUUUUGGUGUCCAGGUCUUCCAGGUUGGUGACAAGGUCACCAUGUCCGAUCGGGAUGAGGGCAGCCAUGGCCAAGUGGGCACUGUCUCAGAAUGUGGUCGCGAUGGAGCGGGACGACCGUGGGUCAAGGUUGACUUCCAAGGGGCACUUGGCGAGUGGCUGGUUGAGCCAGACAUACUGCGCUCGGCGAGUGAGGCGGAUGUUGUGGCCGAGCUCGGGUCGACAGAGAGCUUCGGUGAGCUGUCCUUGAUUUACAACACCUUCCGCGAGGCGACCUUCAAGGCAGUGGAAGAUUCCGAGGUCUACGUGAUUUCUCGGAAGCAUUUCAAAGCUCAUUUCAAUCGACGUGGGCCUCGAUUCAAGGACUAUUGUGCGUUGCUCGACGAGGUGCCUGCUCUUUGGCCUCUUCUCCGUGCAGAACGCUGGGAGUUGGCGUGCAAUGCGCUCGGCCUUUUCACUUUCAGGCCUGGUGAGCGGAUCAUUCAUCAGGGGCUACAGCGGAAGUCGGCGCUUUGGUACAUCGUCUUUUCAGGCAGCUGCGUUGUGUCAGCCAGUCACACAGGGCCCGACGGGCAGGAGACCACGGAGGUGAUCUCCACGCUCCGGCGGCCAGGCCACUUUGGCGAGCGCUCUCUUCUCCGAGGUGGUGAACAUGCCAUCCCAGAGGUUAGUGUUGAUGCUGGCAAGGAGGGCCUGGUGUGUCUCGCCUUCGAGGGUCAGGCCAUCCGCGUCCUUCUCGAAGAGCUUUCUAUCCAAGGGGCUUUCGGGGACGGCGCAGAGGCACUGCUGCCCAAUGUGAACAGCCUGAGCUCUAUUGAGUACGAAUUAGCCAAACUUGGGCGCAUGCGCCGUCAGCGUGUCCAAACCGAGGAGAUUGACAUGAUGAGCCUCAACAAGGUGUGCCAUCUGGGCCGCGGCGGCUUUGCCGACGUCUACUUGAUGGAAGACAACGUGUCUCGGAAGAGGUAUGCGAUGAAAUGCAUCUCAAAGGGGCAUGUGGAGAAAUUCGAGGCAGUGCGACAGGUCUGCUGGGAGCGAGAGAUGCUGAUGACAGUUGACAGCCCCUUCGUGAUUCGUUUGGUCCGCACGCACAAGGACGCUGAGUUCUUGUACAUUUUGCUGGAGGCCGCGCUCGGAGGAACUCUCUACAAGUUGAUGAGACAGAAGCCUGAGGUGUUCUGUGACGAUGAGCCGAGGGGAAGUUCAUCCGCCUUCUUCGUCGGCUGCAUCAUUGCGGCGCUCGAACACUUACAUGACAGGCGCAUUGUGUACCGUGACCUGAAGCCCGAGAACGUCCUGCUAGAUGAGGGCGGCUAUGCGAAGCUUUGCGACAUGGGGUUUGCUCGUUUCGUCAUUUCCAAGACGAAUACUCUGGCGGGUACUCCGGAGUACAUGGCUCCAGAGGUCAUCGACUUCCCGCAUGCUCAUGACGUGACCUGUGACUGGUGGUCAUUGGGCGUGCUAACCUUCGAGCUAAAUGCCGGCCAGCCUCCCUGGGAGGAUGAGGGCGUGGCCGACGUCUUCGGGAAGUUGUUGGCCAUCAGGCGCAGCCAGGAGAAGGGCGAGCCUCGGUAUCCCUUCAGCUGUCCUCUGCCCGUGCGAAGCUUCAUCUCCAAGCUAUUGACUAAGCUCCCUCACCGCCUCGGUGCACGCAAGGGUGCACGGGAACUACGGGAGCAUUUCUUUUUCAAGAAAUUGUCCUUCGACUUUCAGGCUUUGAAGGCCCAAACUCUGCCGCCGCCCGUCGCGCGGCCUUUCCAGCAGAGGGAGAACGCGGUGUGCGGCAUGGAGGACCUCUCAGGCGAGCUCCUGAAAAACUCCGAGCUCUUCAAGCCUGUGCAAGGGGCUUGCAUGUGGGAUGCAGACUUCUGA